ACUUUCUUCAUUGAUUACAACGCACAACAACAGGAAGAAGCUGCGGAAAUUGUUGGAGUAGAAGAUAAGUUUCAUUUUUAUGGUUACAGACUUGCUAAUCCAUCGUCUCAAUGUGAGAUUACGACGGACUGCGAGGAGAGUGAUGAGGCCGCGGAAUACAAUCGAAUAGGCUUGUUCAGGGAGAUAGAUCUUGAAUCAGAUCAUCGUGAUUUUCUCGUUGAUAUAGUGAAGUAUGCGUUUUCAAAACAGGCAUGCUAUCCGAUUACUACAGCGACAGACUGGUUGUCACUAGGUGGCUAUCGUGCGUUUACAAUCACUAAUCUUUUCCUAAUAGAAAUUUUCUAUAACGAUCGCUUGGCUACAGAAGUUCUUCCUCUUUCUGCUUACCUAGUUGCAAUGACAGUAUCGAAACGCAAAAUUUGCCGUGAUCAGCUCGAAGUGCUUUCUGUGGCUGCUGUACGUUUAGCGUCCAAAAUUGAGUCACAGUACGCUCUUAAUCCCGAAAUGGCUUUACCAGGGAAACGUAUGGUAAAGGUUGUAAAGGGCAUACUCUUUCAGAUCUGCCGGGCAACAGACUUCCAACUCCAUCGCUGCAGUGCGCUCUUCUUCAUGCGUAUAAUACAAAAACUCGUAGAGCGACACUCAUGGCAAUGGAAGUUUGCUAAGAUUGCUAGCCAACUGGCAUGUUGCCAGAUGGAAUUAGCCAUGUUGCGGCCAACACUUCUUGCCGGUGUUGUAAUGCGUUUAUGCUGCCUUCUUGUCAGUGACGAUGAAUGGCGACACUCAUGGCAAUGGAAAUUUGCUAAGAUUGCUAGCCAACUGGCUUGUUGCCAGAUGGAAUUAGCCAUGUUACGGCCAACACUUCUUGCCGGUGUUGUGAUGCGCUUAUGCUGCCUUCUUGUCAGUGACGAUGAAUGGCCAAAAGAAUGUUAUGCAAUUCUUGGGGAGCCUAUUGAGGAUUAUGAUGAACCGCAUGCUAUACUUUGUCGCCUCAUUCUCACUGUGCGUGUCGAAGAUGCUUUUGCAGAGGCAUAUGUCCGAUUUCACCAUACAAUUGAACGCGCCCUUUCUUCCCGACCAGGCUGGAUUGAAGAGCAAUCGGCAGCUGCUAACAAGAUUAAAAUGCUUGGAAAUCAUACAUUCCAUAAAUAG